AUGGGUCGCCCGGAACUGGAAGCAGCCAGCUUCUCUCUGGCCAUGCUGGGCUGGCUAGUCACCAUUAUCAGCUGUGGCCUGCCCUUGUGGCGAGUGAUGAAGGUUUCUGAAGAGACCAGCAUUUUGGAGGGCCUGUGGAACAUGUGUGAGGCUGAGGGAAUCAAGAGCCUGAGGUGCAUGCCAUACAACACUCGCCCGGUACUGCCACAGGACCUGCAGGUGUCGGGCGUUCUGGUGGUCAUCUGCAUCAUCAUCACCUGGCUGGGUUUGCUGCUGUACAUGAUUGGGGAUGAACGCAUCGGAUGUGUGGCAAAUAUCCACAACGAAGAAAAGAUCAUGAUGGCGGCUAGUGUGUUGUUCCUGGGGGUUGGUCUGCUGCUGCUGGUGUCUGUGUCCUGGGUCACACACAAUGUCCUGCUUGGCAUAGCCAACCCUCAAAUACUGUCCCCAUGGAAACCAGAGAUGGGAGCCUCACUCUACCUGGGCUGGCUCAGCUCCCUGCUGCUUCUCCUGGGAGGGGCCCUUCUGGGAGGUGCCCACCUGUGCUGCCCUCCCCCAAAUAACAACAACAAUGCAUAA